UAUCCCCGCCUCUGCGUUGCCAGGGUAACGUGAUGCGUGCUGACGUCAGCAAAGGGUUAGCGCGCGUCGAGCAGGCGGCACCAUUUCUCGGUAAGGUUUGUCGGUUUGUUAUCGGUGCAGAUGGAGGUGACAGUCACGAUGGAGCCGCUGUUUCUGGCCUGGAGCAGCUACAGGAGGCGGAGGUUCCAGAGAUGCGCCGAUAUUUGCUCAAAGCUGCUGUCAGAAAGCCCGUAUGACCAGCCUGCUGCUUCUCAUGUUUCUGAGGCGGCGUGGAGCUUGAAGACGAGAGCUCUGACGGAGAUGGUGUACAUCGAUGAGGUGGAGGUGGAUCAGGAAGGCAUCGCUGAUAUGAUGUUGGACGAGAGCUCCAUCGCCCAGGUUGCACGUCCAGGAACGUCACUGAGGCUUCCAGGAACGAGUCAGGGAGCAGCGCCCACUCCUGCUGUCAGACCGAUGACUCAGUCGGGGCGUCCCGUCACAGGGUUUGUGAGGCCCAGUACACUGUCUGGUAGACCAGAAACUAUGGAGCAGGCCAUCAGAACCCCGCGAACAGCUCGUCCAGUCACCAGUGCUUCCGGCAGAUUUGUCAGGUUGGGAACGGCCUCCAUGCUAACAAAUCCGGAUGGACCUUUCAUUAACCUUUCUAGGUUAAACUUAGCAAAGUAUGGCAAGAGACCGAACUUGUCCAAGACCUUGUUUGAAUACAUCUUCCAUCUUGAAAAUGAUGUAAAAAAUGCGUUAGAGCUGGCUGCUCUUGCCACUGAACAUGCUCAGUUCAAAGACUGGUGGUGGAAAGUACAACUGGGAAAAUGCUAUUACAGGCUUUUCUCCUCUCUCUCUAUUCCACAGGGCAUUGGUGACUUGACUCUGACUUACCAGUGCUUUAAACUGGCCUUGGCUUUUCACAAUAACCACGGUGAAGCUUACAAUAACUUGGCCAUGUUGGAGCUACGGAAAGGCCGCAUCGAGCAG